AUGAAUACCACGAAGUUUGUUGUGCUUUUGAUCUUUGUUGGAGUUGUGUGUGCCAAUGUUGGCGCAAGGCAGCUCGAAGAAGUAUCCAAAGAGACAAAGUUAGGCAUUUCUAUUCCCAAAACUGUCACUACCAACGGCUUUGGAGCUGAGCGUGGCUCCGUUACUGCUACAACCUAUGCCAGAAAUUCCGAAGAUUCCAACGCUGAUGCUGCUGCUGGUCCAGGCGGUCCAAGCGCAAGCGGAUCUGGAAGUGUCUAUAAAAGUACUUAUGGAUCUGUCACUGCAGAAGGUCCCAACGCAAGUGCUAAUUCUGGAAGUUACGCUUCUGGUAACAGCGGUGCUAGUGCUGCAGCGGGUCCCAAUGGUGCUGUGGGCAUUGGUUACGCUAACGGAUAUGCAGACAGCUACUCUUAUGGCGCCACACCCCUAAUAACUCUUGAGCGAUUGGUGAUCAUGUUCAAGUGUAUCUACAGCUCUGACUUUCCUAAGAUAUCUAUAUACGACUAA